AUGGUUGUGUCUGUGGGCGCUCCAGCAGAGCAUGUAUUUGCAUCGGUGAAAGAGGACAAUCCCGUAGGAGUCAGGAUGACUUCUGCGGUGUCUCCAAGCUCACCCUUUGGGUCAGGUGAAAUGAAUGCUAUCCAGCAAGCAAUCCAGCGAGCAAUUCUGACUGCUAUAUCAUUCCAGCGCCGUUUCAACGAGACAGGAAACGCCGACGACAUUGCUCAAGUAGUUUUUCACUGUGAAAAUGCACUUUCCUUUGGGCUUGAUCUCCCUCCUUUCGCUUACAGCUUCUUUGGAAAUGCAUACUUAAGUCGCUUUACAUGCCUAGGCGAAGUUCAGGAUCUUGAACAUGCCAUAUCCCACCACCAGAAAGCUGUCCAAUCCACUCCUUCUGGCGAUGCUGAGCUUCCAGGUCGGUUGAACAACCUUGGAAGUUCGUAUUUACGUCGCUUUGAAGCCACUGGUGAUGAUCUCCAGGAUACUGAGCAUGCUCUAUCUUACUACCAGAAAGGUCUCAAAUCUACCCCUUCUGGCCAUCCUGACAUUCUUAGUUUUUUAAGCAACCUUGGAAAUUUGUACUCAUGCCGCUCUGUCCGCACUGGCGAUCUUCAGGAUUUCGAACAGGCCAUAUCUUACCACCAGAAAGUUGUCGAAUCCGCUCCUUCUGGCCAUGCUGACGUUCCGCUUUGGUUUUACCAUCUUGGAACUUCAUACUCACGUCGCUUUCAACGCUUCGGAAACCUCCAAGAUAUUGACCAUGCCAUAUCCUACCACCAGAAAGCUGUUGAAUGUGCUCCUUCUGGACGCACUGAGCUUUCGAGUUGGUUCAGCAGCCUUGGAAAUUCACACUUACAACGCUGGGAACGCACCCGCGACAUCCAGGAUAUUGACGAUGCUGUAUCCCACCUCCAGAAAGCUAUUCAAUCCACUCCUUCUGGUACUUACCUUGCAGGGCCGGAGUUCAACAAUCUUGGAAAUGCGUACGCAAUUCGCUUCAAUUACACUCUUGACCUCGAGGAUAUUGACCAUGCGAUAUCCCUGCAACAAAAAGCUGUUCAAUCCACUCCUUCUGGCCAUGCUGAGCUUCCGGGGUUGUUAGAUAACUUAGGAACAUCGUACUCACGUCGUUUCUAUUGCUCUGAAAGCCUUCAGGAUAUUGACCAUGCCAUAUCCUACCACCAAAAAGCUAUUCAAUCCACUCCUUCUGGCCACACCCGGCUUCCGGCUGGGUUUAACCACCUUGGAAUAUCGUACACACAUCGCUUCAAAUGCACCCGCGACCUCCAGGAUAUUGACCGCGCCAUAUCCUACCACCAGAAAGCUGUCGAAUCCACUCCUUCUGACCACGCUGACCUUCCGGGUCGGUUCAGCAACCUGGGCAGUUCGUACUUAGAUCGCUUCAACAGCACCAAUUAUUUGCCCGAUGUCCAGAACAGCAUUGCUUCAUACCGUCAGGCUGCUGAGGCAAAUGGCGCCCCAUCCAUUCGCCUGAAGGCUGCCAAGGAAGCAGCGAUGCUUUCUUCUGACCAUGACCCUUCCCAAUGUCUAACUGACUUCGCUCUUGCCAUUAGUUUGCUCUCAGAAGUUGCUGGGUUGGAACAAACAAACAAUCGCCGUCAUGCUAACCUUCGGGGCUACUCUGAUCUUGUGGGAUCUGCUGUGGCAACUGCUCUCCGUUUCGAUAGCACUAAUCGUGCACUUGAAUGGCUUGAGCAAGGCCGCUGCUUGGUGUGGAAUCAGCUCAACCAACUCCGUACCCCAAUCGACAAUCUCCGCAUGAAGAACCCGUCCUUGGCCAAUCGCUUUAUCGAGAUCGCAAGGGCCCUAGAGUCCCAUGGAACUCGUUCAGCUUUGUCCCUUCCUUCUCUACACCCUACGCUUGUAGAAGCCAUCCGCCUUCAGGAUGACACUCUAAAUCACACCAUCCACGCUACAGAAUAUAAGCAACUGCUUGAGGAGAUUCGGGCUCUCCCAGAUUUCCAUGACUUUCUUCAGCCACCCAAGGCCACCGACAUCCUCUCUUCGUUACCCAACGAUGGUCCACUUGUCAUAUUUAACAUUCACAAAACCCGGUGCGAUGCUUUGGCUGUUAUAGCUGGGAUUGAGGAGCCUCUGCAUAUCCCUCUGGAGAACUUCAGUCUUGUGCAAGCAGAGGAACUACAGGAGAUCCUUCGAUUCGACCUACUCAAGCAACGGGAGGUGGAGGAUCAAGAUCGCAUGCCUCGGCGUGUUCGACCUAACCCAUCAUCCAUGUUGUUUGUCCUAAAUGAACUUUGGCGCAAAGUUGUCCAACCAAUUCUUGAAGCGCUAGGAUACUCUCUCAAUCCCUCAGAUUGUGGCCGUAUAUGGUGGUGUCCAACUGGCCCGCUUGCUUUUCUUCCACUCCACGCAGCUGGGAUAUACGGCGCAGCACACAACCCAGGAUCCUGUGUCUCCGAUUUCGUGGUUUCGUCAUAUACACCAACUUUCCGCACCCUCAACGAUAGAUCCACUGCAUCAUCUACCUCCUCCAAAUGCACCAGCAUCCUCCUUAUCAGCCAACCAAACACCCCAGGUCUUUCCUCAAUACCCUUGACCCGAAAAGAGACGCAUGACCUUGAAACGUUGAUGAAAAGAACUGCCAUUGAAGCGCUACUGCUGGAGGAUUCCAAGGCAACUGUAGAGAACGUGAAGGCAGAGAUGAAAUCUCGUAGCUGGGUUCACUUUGCUUGCCAUGGAGUGCAAGAUGUCCACCAGCCUCUCUCAAGCGGCCUCUGUCUCCACGAUGGCCGCUUGGAGCUGCUCGAGAUCAUGAAGCAGAAAAUCCCGAACCUGGACUUGGUUUUCCUUUCAGCAUGCCAGACAAGCAAAGGAGACCUCAAAUUAUCGGAGGAAGUUGUCCAUCUCGCUGCUGGUAUGCUUGGUGCUGGAUGCCGUGGUGUGGUUGGUACGAUGUGGAGCAUUUCGGAUCUAUAUGGGCCGAAGUUCGCGGAGGAGUUUUAUCAAUAUUUGCUCAAGGAGAAGGGAUCGGAGGGAUUGGACAGUACUCGAGCAGCCUACGCCUUACAUUACGCUACAAGGAAGGUUCGAGAGAUUCUCGGAGAUGAUGACAACGCAUUCCUGACAUGGGUUCCGUAUGUGCACUUCGGUUACUGA